GCAGCAGCAGGAUCCUAACCAGAGACUAUGUAUGUGUGGUCCCAAACCAGGGAGGAGCUGCUCAGACACAAUGUCCAACACACAACUCCUCAAAGCUGCGGUGCAGCAGAAACUGGCCGCAGCUGCUGAGGAGAUUUUCCUUCUGUUCGAACAAACUCUCAGAGACUAUGAGCAGGAGGUUUUCCUCUCGAAGCAGCGGGUGGAGCAGCAGCGCACACUGAGCCAAGGCUCUGAGCAGCUCUCUCUGGAGGGAGAGGACACCCCGUCAGGGCAGAAGCUCUGUGAGGAGGCGACUGACGUGGGCGAGGAUGACGAGGAGCCCCUGCAGGUUAAAGAGGAACAGGAGGAUGAACAGUGGGCUGCUCAAGCAGGUGAAAAGCAGCAGGAGGAGGAUGACACCAAAGAGUCAAUGUUCAAUAUCAUCUACGUGCAAAGAAGUAAUGAGGAUGGAAGACCUCGUCGAAGCCAACAGGUUGAAAAUAGAGCAGACCCUUUGCCCAGCAGCUCAUCUGAACAGCUGAGAGCAGAACCCGAGAGAGGCCACUGUGGUGCGUCGGAGCCGACCAGUGACUUCCAGAUGAGUGAAGACAGUGAUGAUGAGUGGAGAGACAGCAGUCCUGCUCUCUCAGGUGUAGAGACACCACAGCAAGCAGGGGAGACAGUAGAGAGGCCGUAUGCCUGCACCGUGUGCAACAAGAAUUUCAGGAUUAAAUCCAUCCUGACUCGCCACAUGAAGACACACACCGGGGAGAAACCUUACAGCUGCAGGGUCUGCGGCAAAAGCUUCAUCCAGCGCUCCUAUCUGCACACUCACAUGAACUCGCACUCUGGACAGAAACCGCACACGUGUAGUUACUGCGGCAGAGGAUUCACGCAGGUCGGGAACAUGAACGCUCACAUGCGAAUCCACACGGGGGAGAAGCCUCACAGCUGCUCCGACUGUGGCAAGAGUUUCAGAGAGAAAGCAGAUCUCGUCAAGCACACAAUAAUACACACCGGAGAGAAGCCGUACACCUGCACUGUGUGUACCAUGAGAUUCAGUGCUCAGUCCAAUCUAACGCGCCACAUGAAGACUCAUUCAGGGGAGAAGCCAUUCAGCUGUGCCGCCUGUGGGAAACGAUUCAUACGACGCUCCCAUUUAAUCGUUCACAUGAGGACUCAUGCAGGAGAGAACUAAAAAAAAACAUUACAACUGCCCAUGAUUUUUAUUUAAUCAUUUCCAGCUUAGGGCCAAUGUAACGUUCAGUUACAUUGGCUCUAAAGACACAGUUACAGCUACAGUAGAGGACGACGUAGAGGAGUAGAACCAAUAUCAAAAACACUUUUCCUAUUAAUAAUCUUGUUUCUACUUAUAAUUCCUCGGUUGUUCACUAGAUGCUCUUGCUUUGACUUGAGUAUUACGAGUGAUAUUGCUGCUGUACCUUUAAGUCUUCAUUUCCGUUGCAAAUCAAAUGACCAUCAUAAACAAACGUUGGACAAGAGAUUAGAUCAAGUGCUUGAAUUGGCGAAGUCCAGAAACCGCUGCAACUAUUCCUCUUGAAUUAGGUGUGGCUCUCUGACACUGGCUGAACAAUACAUGGGUCUGUCGUCACCCGCCAUUGCUUGAUCACAAGACCCCACGAAGUUGACUGGGGAGGUAAGUAACUCACAUUUCUCAACUUUAACAACAAGCUUGUUCUCCACCAGGCAGCAGAGCACUGACCUAACAUGUUGAACAUGUUCCUCCACGUCUUGGGACAAGAUGAGGAUGUCGUCCAAGUAGACAAAGACAGCAAUUCAACAUGUCCCGCAGGACGUCAUUCAGUAGAGCUUGGAUAAGCGGUUGCUCAGUGAGACCAAAGGUUGUGACCAAAUAUUCCUCAAAUAUUUAAAAUGGUGAGGUGGUAGAUGUUGUGGAGGUCCAGCUUGGAGAAAAAUGUGGCUUUGUGGAGAAGUUUAAAAUCUGAGUCGAUGAGGGGUAGAGGAUAAUUGUUCUUUACCUUUCAGAGAAGGUAUGGUCUGAAUGUAAAGUCUUAGAACAGAGAAGUUGAUCAUUUGAUAAUCAAAUCGAAAAAUAAACUUGUUUUAUACUGAC